AUGGUUGGAGCUCGCCGCACACGCGCAGCCGGCGCCAGUCCAGGUGGUUUUAAAUCACUUGAUGAUAUUCCAAAGCCUACACGCGGAAAAGGAAAGAAAAUCAAGGCUGAAUCCGUCGAACCUUCAAUCGAGUCCGAGUCCAUCGAUCCAUUCAUCACAUCUGCCGAAGGCAACAAUAAUACGGAGUCGCAAAAGGCUUCAUCACCUCCUACAAAUCCUUCCAGAACAAACUCUCCAGAUUCGCACUCACCUUCACCUACACCGGUCAAUUCACGACUCGAUUCACGCUCUACCUCCCCACCAAAAAAUAAUACCACAUCAAAUGACGCGUCUUCAGACAACGACGUUGUUGAUCAAGAGCAGGAUGCACAGCGCAUUGCUCAUCUCGGAUCCAACAGAAAGAGAUCUCGAGCAUCAGAGCCUUCUACCCACCAAAGUGUUGGCAUUACAAAGGAAGACGCAGAGGAUGAUGAGCAAAGGGUCAGCAAGCGUACACGUAGACAGGAAAGCCAAGGCACCGAGGAUGCCGAUAUUGAGAAUGAGAAGUCGACUGAACCAGAGCCUGCACCCGAGAAGAAACCCAAAGGUCGUCCUCGCACUCGCGCAAAGACCACCCCUAAGAAAUCUGCGAACAAGACCCGUGGCCGCAAGCAAGAUCCAGUUGUCCUCAACGACAGCAGCUCAGACGAAGCAGCCGAGACAACUGUAUCGCCUUUCCAACCUCGAUUGAACUCUACACCAAAACAAGCCGCCGCGCCUUCUCCACGUACUCCUCAAAAUCAGCAAGAACUGAUUUCUUCUGAAGAAGAUGAACCCCAAGCUGGUCCAUCUACCAUUAGUCACUCGACCUCCAAACCCACACUCCUCUCUCCAGAUAUCCGACCGGUUCUUCAAGCCGAAGCCGAAAAGCCAGCUUCAUCUAUCACUGAAACUGGCCCUUCUCCCUCGAAGCCUCGUGCAAUUCCUCCUGUCACUCGACCCAUUGCUCGAGCAAUUUCGACGUCGUCUAUCAAGAUUACACCUGGCAUGGGAAAGACCGAAAGAUUGCGUUUAAUGAUGAUGCAAAGAUAUCAUCCGGAAAGACUUGCUUCACCAACCAAAGGAAAAGAAGUCGCGAAGGAGGUUGUUAAAGAGGUUACAAAGGAGGUCACCAAAGAGGUUGCUCAAGGCACCCAUGAUGUAUGUUACAAGAAUCCUCUCACCAACUUGUGCCAUGGUACUGACAUAACGAAGGUGGCUCAUAAUGAGCGCAAGAAGACGACCGCUGUGGCUUCUUCCAGUGAGACUCUUUCCAAAUCCGAUGUUCCCCAUUCAAGACGUCAAUCUCCUCGGGAUGGACACAAAUUAACGGAUCCUUAUCUAGUAGCUAUAAACAAAGUCUUCACUAAUCACAAAGAUAAGUCGAAGGCUAUGCCAUCUAUCGAACAAGUUACCGCGUUCCUUAAUGGCUUCGAUGCUCAACAAGCUUCGCACAAUGGCAAGAGACAGACGGCUACUCAAAGACCCGCUCGUCCUCUUCAACCAAUAACACCCAAUCGCUCAGGAUUUGUUGUUCCAGGUUACGGAAGUGAUGAUGAUACCGUGAUGUCCGAUGAGGGUGAAACAUCCGUCGUCGAGGAACCAAAGACACCUGAAGCACAAAUUACUCCUGUGCCAACUGAAAGCCCUCGAAGCUCCUGGUGGAACCCCCUCUCUACUGUUGCCACGAUGCUUACCAGCCCGUUCCGCAAACAGGCCGAUGCUGCUCCAGCUCCGCUUCCUUGCAACAAGCUUGUUCCACCACCCUUCAUUUUCAGCCAGCCACCAGCCACUCCUUCGGCAGUUCCUCUCAAGCGUAUGUCUCACUCAGAUCGCAAGCGCAACACUCGAAACAAUGUUCAGGGUCGUCUUGGUGGUUUCCAAACCGAACGUCGUCCACGACACAAGGAUAUUGGAAGAUCACCAAGCUCCAAGAAUGGUCUUCUCACCCCAGCCGAAAUCAAGGAGAUCCACAGAGCCCAGGAUGAAUAUGCCGCCAAGCAUCAGAAUAGAGGUCCUUUGAUCGUAGCCAAUCGGGAUAUUCACAAGACCGCACGAGCAUCUCAAAGAGAAUCUCAGGCUAAAAAGGCCGCUGUUGCUGAUGCAGUCGAGGAGGGAACUUCUUCAUUCACACAUGUUCCAGCAGGCGAGAAGCGUGAUGCCAACGGCACACCAAAAGCCCUCAGCCAGCGUUGGAAUGACUUCUUAGAGUCUAGUACUGAUUCAGAUUACGGCCCCAGAUGGGUUCGAUGCCCAAAUGGUCUCUAUAUUCGAGAGGGUUCCACUGACAAACAAUUUGAAUCGGGCGAUCUUGGCGAUGAUUCUGCCUGGCAAGAUCACUAUCGCGAUAUCGAUGCUUUCCCAAAGCAAGAUAUCUACAAGGGAGCAGGCGUCCAAAACCCACUCAACUCAGCUCAGCUUCUUGAGCAGGCUUAUUUGCGUGCUAAUGGAGAUAAACACAUCCCAGACGAGAGCGAAAAUGACUAUACUUAUGUUACUAAUGAGCGCCAAAAGAGAGUGCUCUUUUAUCCAAGAAGUCCUUACAACAUGUUCCAAGUUCCAGGUAAAAAGCUCACCGCGACUCAUAUUGCGAAUAUCAAGGAAGGACUUCCUCUCCUUAACCCCCGCGAUCAAUACGGAAUUGCUAUCAAGAUACCUACUGGUAAUCCAGGCAAUGUCUUCAACCAAUUGGCAGAACAGGAAAGGAGAGCUCAGUACAAGGAUGCCGUUGAAAUGAAAGCAGGCAGAACUUUGGAGACAAAGCGAUGGACUCAAACUCCUCCACCAAAACCCAAGCCUGUCAAUGCCAAACUUCCUGGCACUGUUGAGAACACUCCGGCUCCAAUCUCCGAGGCUGUACAACACGCCAUGAAGAAGGCCAACAAAUACUUACCCACAAAGGCAGUGGUUUCCACCAUGAGCCCUGUCCAGACUGAUCAGGAGAAGGGUUUGAAGGCUGCAAAAGACUCUAAGCCCAUGUUCAACUUUGACUUCACUGCUGCAUCUAUUGGCUGGAAUGCCGACCCUCUGGUUAUGGCACGUGUUCAGGAGCGUCUGGGUGAAGGUUACAUUCCUAUCACACCCAUUCCCGACCACAUUUGGCAUGAACAUGAUGAUCUUGAAGUAGGUCCAGUAGAGCAAGCGGUUGCAGCGUUGUUCGAAGGAAUCGACUCCAGAAUGUUUGGAUCUAUGCACAAUGGAAUCCAAGAUCCAUCACGACCCCAACCCAAGUACUGGGACGAGCUUCCAGAAAGUCCCGUUGCUGAACGCCCCAUCAGAUUAUGGUAA